GGCAAGGCACUUAACCCCAAUCAGAAGACUAGAAAAGAAAUAAACAAGCUCAAGUCCAUUUACAGUUUAUUUAUUGUCGUAUGACUCCAACAGCAGAACCUUUGAAUCAAAACAUCACAUGAAAAGAAAAGUAAUGAUCCCUCAUGUUUACACCGUCUCUGUCUCCUGCAGGGCGACCUUCAUCUCCACCCUCGCCUUCCUCUUCAUCGUGGUGCUCGGGGUCACACCAGCUGUCAGUCAGUCGAGCGAGCCAACAGAGCCCAUAUGUUAUGACUGGGGGGAGUCCAGCCAGGGGGCGGUCUCCAUCGUGGACGGGGAUGCAGGCUGGCUCUCCUGUCCUCUUUUCUCUCAUCCCUCCGUCUACAACUACUCCUCCACGCAGAGCACCGGACACAACCUCUUCUGGUACCGUGUCCCCGAGGGUCACGACCUGGAACACCCAAUCGCAUACGGGUAUGACCAAAGUUCUCAUUGAUUCUUAACCACGGACUGUUUAUAAGAAGUGGAAGCUAAUGCAACACGUUUUGAACCUGUAUUUUUCCCAACGGCCACUAGAGGGCUAAACUUCAGUUUUUGACACUUCUGCGCCAGCGUCACUUUGAACAGUGGAGGUGGUCGCUUGGUUACUGUCAGGCCUGUUAAAGGUUAAACUCAGCUGCUCUGAAAAGAAAUACAUAUUUUCAGGUUAUUAGAAAUCA